ACCAAAAGAAGAAGAAGAAGAAGAAGAAGAAGAAGAAGACUGCGAAAAGUACUGUAAUCCUACAUGUGGUCGAGACGAUGGAGUCCAAAAUAAAAUAACAGGUGACUGAAGCACCAAGCCCUCAGUAGGACUCCAUCAAGCCGAAGGGGCCGCAACAGAAAUGGCAAACCUGAACUGGAAGCCUUUUGUCUAUGGGGGAAUGGCCUCAAUUGUCGCAGAAUUCGGUACAUUUCCCAUUGAUCUCACAAAAACACGGCUCCAGGUUCAAGGGCAGACGCACUGUAUGGAGGUCCGAUAUCGGGGCAUGUUCCACGCUUUGUUCAGGAUUGGUCGUGAAGAAGGCAUCCGGGCAUUGUACUCUGGAAUUUCACCUGCACUCCUCCGACAAGCUUCCUACGGGACAAUCAAGAUCGGUACAUACAACACACUGAAGAAACUGUUUGUUAGUCAUCCAGAAGAUGAGACUAUGGUGAUUAAUGUGUUUUGUGGUGUGGUGUCUGGAGUUUUGUCGUCCUCUUUGGCAAAUCCAACUGAUGUGCUUAAGAUUCGCAUGCAGGCUCAAGGCAGCCUGUUACAGGGAAGCAUGAUGUCUAAUUUCAUCAACAUUUACCAGACAGAAGGCACGCGAGGCCUGUGGAGGGGUGUAAUUCCUACUGCACAGAGGGCAGCCAUCGUGGUGGGUGUAGAGCUGCCAGUUUAUGACAUCACCAAGAAGCAUUUGAUUCGUUCAGGCCUCAUGGGAGACACAGUGUUCACUCAUUUCAUUUCCAGUUUCAUGUGUGGUCUGGCAGGUGCUUUGGCCUCCAACCCAGUGGAUGUGGUGAGGACACGUAUGAUGAAUCAGCGUGUGCUCGCAGGUAACCCUCUGUACAAGGGCACCCUGGACGGACUCAUGCAGACCUGGAAAAACGAAGGAUUUUUUGCUCUCUACAAAGGCUUCUGGCCCAACUGGCUGCGUCUGGGGCCCUGGAACAUAAUUUUCUUCAUCACCUUUGAGCAGCUGAAGAAGCUUCCAUUGUAGAGUUUGUGACUUGACUGAACUGUGUGUAUGUGCUUGUGUGUGUGUGUGUGUGUCUAGGGCUUCUGUCCUUCAGCAUUUUCCAUCCCUUCUCCAUCACACACCUAGAAGUAUUUUUAUUUAAGAACAUUUAUUUUGUUCUCAUUUGCAUUGUACAUACUUGACCUAUUUAAACACACUUGUUUUUGCACCUAAAUGUUUUAUUUUUCACUUCUGGCAGCUACCUCGUCCGACAGCGCCAUGUUCACAGGCCCAGUGGUGUUUUCAUAAUAUAUGCUUGAGAAGCCACACUGGUGAAUAUUUGAGGUAAAGGGUAAAUAGUUUCUCCACACUGGCUUGAGAGUUUGGCAUUAUAGCAUAGUGCUUAAAGUUACUAAAAACACAUCCGCCAUGUGGGGGAUGUAAAGCAAUAGUUUAGUGUAGAACUGAAUGCAGUUGGUGAAUAUAAGCAAGAAUAUUUGAGGUCCACGCACUUCAAAUUAGAUAUUGUCCUUGUAAUUUAAAAUGCUCACAUGUAAACAGCUUCAGUGAUAAGAAUGUAUUUUGCUUCAUCUGUAGACUGCAGAUACAUGUUGCAAACUUCUAGACAGCCCAAAUUAAUACCAAAGAAACUAGUAAGGGGUGCUGUGGCCUCAUAUCCUGUAUCUUUGAGCUCAAUGGGCAUUCAUAAAACGUGAGCAAAUUUCAGUGUAGCUUAAGUCUGUUCUCGCGCAAGUGGUCGCAUUUAAUUCAGCAUCGCACAGAAAUUCUGUUGUGCGCAAAAAGCUGCUUUUAUCCCAUACUAUGUCAAGGGCCCCUGAAAAGCUCCAUGGAAAUGGGUGAGAAGUUUAUGCUUGAACAUGUACAGAAUUCUAAGCACUUGUGACAUUGCACAAGCUUUUAUUUUCCUUUUUUUUUUUUUUGCCAUGUACAUUUGCAUGUGUGUAUGUAGCGUGUGUGUGCUUGCGUUCUGAGAAGCACAUGUAAAAUGUCAUAUUUUGGCAGCUGUGAAAGUGUAAAUACUGCUACUGUACGAUAGAAUAAAAUAUUAGCGUAUAUAGUUGUUUGUUUGUUAAUUUUAAACCAGAUUUUGUGGAAAUGGGUGUCAGUAGCAUUUUUGAGUGCUUGCCUCUUUGCCAAAGUGUACAUGUAUUAAACCAGAACUGCACUGAUGUUGCUGGUUUUUAAAAGUGACAUUAUUAUUGUUAUUAUUGGGAAAGUACUGUUACAUAUUUAUCAUUGUAUGUCAUCAUAUUUCAAGCCUUACCACCUCCUGCUUUUAUAUUUAUGCCUUUGCCUGGUUGUUUUAUGCCUCUCGGUAUGCUAGCCAAACAAGAAGUGUUGAACUUCUGCUAUAAUUUACUGUCUAUAUUGUUCAUAAUCGUUAAAAUGCAAAUCAAACUGUACUGUAAACUUCUAAGCAAACAUUCUUGCUUAAGCUAUAUGGACAAGCUGUUCUUCAUAUGACUUUAAGGGGACAAGAUUAAAAGGUUUAAUGUAUGUAAUGCGUGGGUUUCAGGGGUUUUCAUGUUAUACUUGCUUCCAAAUUUUUUCUGAACUUUGGCUUUUGCUAGAUUGGUGACUACAGCAUGGUGCAUGAUGUAUUCCUCUCUAAAUAACUUUGGAAAAUGCUUAUUUCAUUAUGUGCAAAGACCAAGAACCACAUUAACCCAUGUGCCAGUGUUCUUACUUCAGUUUACUGUUAGUAACUCACGAAUCAUAAGGUUGAGAACCUUUUUGCUGUUAUGCUCCCACAGUUUUUUUAUUUUUCUUUGCAAAAUUUUGUAAUAAUUUUUUCUUCAUUU